CUCCCCAACCGGCUCGGCGGCGGGGCUUCCGGUCGGGCGGGUCCGCCCGCUGUCGCGCCCUUUGCCGGGUUCAGACAUCGGUAUGUCUGGGCGGGUUUCUAGUCUCCCAAGCGAGAGCGUCGCAUUCACCCCCGUGGGUCUGCGGGCGCCCCAGACCCCAGAGGACCUGGCCCCCAGCGCUUACCUGUGUCCCCCGUUGUGUCCCCCCCCAUUCCAGCCCCUUCCCUCCUCCGCCGCGUCCCUCCCCGGCCGCGUCCCUCCCCCGCACCCCACCGCGUCCCUCGCGCGCCUCGCCCCGCGCGCACAGUGCACCCGUCCCUUGUCUGGGAACCGCUCCUUCCGCUCCGCCCGCCUGGAGUCCUGGCCUGAUUCCGCGGUGUCCUUCCAUAGCCCCUCGUUGUUGCAUCCUCCUUGUGGUUCCGUUGCAAACAUUUUUAAAGGGCUGGUUAUUCUUCGUGAAAUGAGUUUGGUGAUUAGAAAUCUGCAGCGAGUCAUCCCCAUCAGGAGAGCGCCACUUCGCAGUAAGAUCGAGAUUGUAAGGAGGAUUUUAGGAGUGCAGAAAUUUGACCUGGGGAUCAUCUGUGUUGACAACAAGAAUAUUCGGCACAUUAAUAGAAUCUACAGAGAUAGAAAUGUCCCAACCGAUGUGCUUUCUUUUCCAUUUCAUGAGCAUCUGAAAGCAGGUGAAUUUCCCCUGCCUGAUUUUCCAGAUGACUACAAUUUGGGAGACAUUUUCCUAGGAGUGGAGUAUAUCUUCCAUCAGUGCAAAGAAGAUGAAGAUUACAAUGACGUCCUGACUGUGACGGCCACCCAUGGACUCUGUCACUUGCUGGGCUUCACACACAGCACGGAGGCAGAGUGGCUACAGAAACUGGACCUCAGACCUGCCCUUGGAAAAAUGACUCACAGAUGCUUGAUUUCAACACCAGGCUCCCCAGAUACUUCCAGCUGAAUGUGUUCACUAAGGAAAGCGAUGUUCCAGAAGGAGAAGGCGGUGCUGGACGAGCUGAGCCGACGCACUGGGACCCGGCUGCAGCCCCUGACCCGGGACCUCUUCGGAGGGAGCUGAAAGCAGGACGGGGGAGGGGUGGAGGCUGCGGGGAGCCGGG